GUCUCACCAACAGUCCUCCAGUGAACACCAGGAGUCAAAAUAACAAAAUGGCGUCAAUUAAAGUGGUGUGUUUAAUUGUUGCGCUGUUAGGGGCAGCGGUGGCUCAACCCUCUAAAGAAGAAUUCUGGAAGGGAACAGCCAUGGACGGCAUGGUCGAGGAGAUGCGAUCUGGCUGCAACGAGGGAUCCGAUCCCACUGCCUGUAUCAAAUAUAAGGUUAUGUCCUUAUUAGACAGCAUCUUUAAGAAGGACACUUUCCAGAUCACUGAUGAUGUUGAAGUAACAAAAAAUGGCGCUAGCGAUGAAGCAUCAGCUCGUUCUACUGGCGACUUCAUGGAUUCCAUCGAAAACUACAUUCAGUCUCAUGAUGUUACUUUCCAAUUACCCAUUGCUGAUACCAAAGUGACAGUGAGCCCUAGAAACCUCGGCAACGAUGAACUCAGCCUGAACAUCAAAUUCAACAAGGAGGAAGGAGCUCGUUCCGUAGGCGAGGCUCGUAAAGCUAAGCUCAAGAAGAUCAUCGUUCCCAUCCUGGUGUUCGUACUCCUCAAGGCCAUGACUCUCAUCCCCCUCGCUAUCGGUGUCCUCGGUCUGAAGGCUUGGAACGCUCUGCAGCUGUCUUUCUUCUCUUUCGUCGUGUCCGUCGCGCUAGCUAUCUUCCAGCUUUGCAAGAAGUUUACCCAGAUUGCCGCAGACAACUCGCACCCUCAGAUCGCCGCCCACGGGCCGUGGGAUGCCGCUUACGCCGCCACCCGUCAUAGGCGAGACGCUGAACCCCAAGAGUUGGCUCAAGAGCUCGCUUACAACGCCUACCACUAGAAUCUUGACGAUGCUAUGAGGAAAUUGACCAAAAAAGACCUCCCUUAGUACAUUUAAGCUCCUAUAACUUAUUUGGGUAUUUCAUAUCCUCGUAUCUUUUAUAUUGGAUUCCGAUAAACGACCGAUGCUAACCCGACAACCGUCUGUUUGUCGCUUCAAACAAACGGGUAUAAACCAAAAAGGUUUUUCGAAACCAUGUAUGUAAAUAGUGUGAAAUUAUUUAUUUGAUUGUGUGAUUGAUUGUGAUGUGUGAUUGAUGUUAUUUAUUGUUUAAAUAAAUCAUUUAAAAAUA